CAGGUAUCUAUUGGAUAAGCAAUGACUGCCGAAAUCUGCAGGUCCAGUAAGCUGAACACACUGGUGACUAAACUUCAUGAGUUCUUGGGACAUUCUCCAGAAGACGAAAGCUUUGAAUCACACGUUGAUGAGACUUCCAAUGGUAAAAUGGCCACUAAUGACUUAAACAUCCCAGAUGACAAAAUGAAUGAGCCUGGUUGCUCCUCAGAAAUGACCAAGCCCUCAUCCUCAAGGUCAAAAAGAAAACCUUCUAUUGUGAUCAAGCACACAGCCAUCGAUGAAUCUGAGUGUGCUAAUGAAACAGGAGGUGAAAACUGUAUGGGAGAUGACGGCAUGCAGAGCAGUUUGGAUAUUAGCAAGUUGCCACAAGGCACAGUGGUGGUUAAGCCAGAACCGGUUUCUAAUGAAACUAAAGAUGAAUUCAAAGGUCCAGAAUUCCGUAACAGAGGAUCAAGUAAAAACAAAGAGGAAGGUACACGGAAACGUCCUGAUGAAAAACUCCAGGAGAUUUUUAAUUGCACGGCAUGUGGACAGCAAGUCAAUCAUUUUCAGAAGGAUUCCAUCUUCCAGCAUCCUGCACUGCAUGUUCUGAUCUGCAAGUCAUGUUUCAGAUAUUAUAUGAGUGAUGAUAUCGGCAAGGAUGAAGAUGGCAUGGAUGAACAGUGCAGGUGGUGUGCGGAGGGAGGCAAUCUGAUUUGCUGUGACUACUGCAGCAAUGCCUUCUGCAAAACAUGCAUUCUACGCAACCUUGGACGAAAACAACUGUCUGAAAUUAUGAAUGAGGAUAGAAAAUGGCAUUGCUACAUGUGCAGCCCAGAGCCCCUGCAGGACUUGGUGAAAUCCUGUGAAAACGUUUUGCUUAGUCUGGAAUCGUCUUCUAGAAAGCCCAGGGGAGACAAUGACAAAUCAAAACGUGAAGAUCGCAAACAUAAGCAUGGCAAACGAGAACGAACUGCUGUAAAUGGACAGGAUCAUUCCUCUGAUGGAGCAGGCAUGUUAGCCUUUUCCUAUAAGACGAUGACCGUUCCAAAGGAACUAGUCAAAAAGACCAAAAAACUUAUCGAGACCACUAACGGAUUGAAUCGUACAUUUGUACAGUUCCUCCAGCAGACAUCACCAGGCCGUGAAGUUAGUGCGGUAAGUUAUAGACAUUUAAAGGCCUUCAAAUCAGUUUUGGCUGAUCUGAAGAUGGCCCACGCAGCUUUGGAGGAGUCACUGGAAAUGGAAUUUGAAUCGAAAGGACUAAAGUUUCAGAAUGGAGAGGAGCAAAGACAACCUGACAGUCAUACUGUGGAUAAUACAGCUGUCAACUCUCACAACACUGAUGAUCACAGUGGCAGGGAAGAUGGUUUGGACUGCACUACUAAUGACUUAAAUCCUCUGGUAGAAGAGGAUACCCAUGAAGACUGUAAUUCAGCUGAUAUUGAAAUGGAGAGCCCUCCUCCCUCGCCAGAAAAAGCUCAGGACCAGUCUGAAGAAAGUAAAGCCAAAGAGCAGGAUAUAGCCGAUAGUCCUGCCAAUGAGGAUAUCUCCAUUCCAGUUGGUGAAGCUUCUCUUGAUAAAGAUAUUGUGUCUGUACCACCUUCUGUCCCAGAGGAACUCUUUGAGAUGGUCGAGAGUCUUGCUUUUAAGAAAGAAGAUGAAAGCAACUCUACUGAGCCCAGCGACGAAAAGUUGACGUCCGAUUCUAAGGUUGUUGAUUCCAGUAGGAGUCUUGCAAAACUGGGUAAAAAGCUUAUAGUCAAGCUGACACCGGUUCCUCUUAAAAUUACCAUAAAACGAGAUAAAAGCAAAGAACAGUCACCUUCAGAAGACAUGGAUGGGGAUGUAUCUCCAAAGGAGGGUCCAGACAGUAGACGCUCACCCAGGAUGAAGACCACUCCCUUACGCAAAUCGCCUGAGGCAAAGAAAAAACGUAAAUCGAGAUUGUCAGCAGCAAAAGAGGAACGCAGCAGCACAGUAGAAGAGCAGUGUGAUUCUGACUCGGAUGAAGUCCCUGCGGUCCUUCAAGCAACUGUUUUGAAGGCCAGCUCGGCUGAAAGUGAGCCAGAAAACAGUGGGAACGCUUCAGGCAAAGGUAGCAAGAAGAAGAAUUUAACUUCCCGCUCUACUGAGAAAACGGCAAAGCGUAAACUCAUCAAGGGGUCCUCUGAUUCAGAGCAGAGUGACAAGUCCUCAAAAGCCAAGAAAGAACUGCAAAAAAAAGAAGGGAAGGAGUCGGACUCCUCAAACCAUGACUCCGAUCUUGAGAAGCAGAUAAAGAACCUGAGCAAGCUUAGAAGUGAGAAAAAAAUGACCAAAGGCGUCAAAAAGGAAACAAAUGAAUGCAGUAAAACGGCCAAGAAAGGCCCUAAAAAGUCAUUUGAACGGGUACGCAAGUCACAAAAAGAAAAGGCAAAAAUCAAGGAUGAGUCUUCCUCCAGUGAUGAAGAGGAGGUGGAACAGGCUGCCAACUCUGGAGAAGACAGUGAUCAGCAGAAGAUAAAACCUAUACUUGAGUCAGUUAUGGCUAGUAUUGAUGGUUUCCAUCAGUCAUCAGGUGAUGAGGAUGAAUUAAAGGCUGUGUCCUCACAGAUGGUGGUGGAUGAUGAUGAUGACCCUGAGAAUAGAAUUGCCAAAAGGAUGCUGCUUGCUCAGAUUAAAGCCAACUAUUCAUCUGGAGCUGAGAGUUCAUCAGAAGAUGAAAAUGCUGACAAAGAGGAAAAGACAAAGAAAGGAAAGGACGAUUCUAAGAAGCAUGAUGAAAGUGAGGAAGACGAGGAAACGUCAGACUCCGCCUCAGAUGCCUCAGAUGAUGUGAAGAAGGGUAGACAUAGUCACCGUUUGUUGCGUAAGAAGCUGACACUAAGUGAGGGUGACUCUGACGAUGAGACACCGGUCAAGAAGAGCAAGAAAGAAACCAAGAAGAAAGGGAGACGGAAAGUGGACAGUGACGACUCUGCAGACUCUGACUUCAAGCAGUCUGACUCGGCCUCGAGUGAUGCUUCAGCGCUCAGUGAGUCUGUAAGUGAAGACGAGGAUGAUGAAAAGAGUAAUAAACGCAAAACACGAUCGUCCAAAAAAGCCAGCAAGGAUAAAGAUAGGAGUUACCGGAAAGAAAAGAAAAAACGACGGCGUAUUAAGAUUCAGGACUCCACGUCCAGUGGCAAGAGUGGAGAGGAAGGGGAUGGGGAUGGAGAUGGGGAAGACGAUGAUGAAAAAGGAACCCCCAAAAACCGCAAGAAGAUACGCAAGAUCAUUAAAGAUGACAAUUUGCGGACAGAGACCAGAGAUGCCCUGAAGGAAGAGGAGGAUAGGAGGAAACGUAUCGCUGAGAGGGAGCGGUUGAGAGAGAAACUACGAGAGACCAUUGUGGUGGAGGAGUCCUCACAGGUUACCUGUCCCAUCACUACAAAGCUGGUGCUCGAUGAAGAUGAGGAGACCAAAGAGCCAAUAGUGCAGGUUCACAGGAACCUGGUAACCAAACUCAAACCCCACCAGGUGGAUGGUGUGCAGUUCAUGUGGGACUGCUGCUGUGAGUCAGUGGGGAAGGUAGGGAAGUCAACUGGCUCUGGCUGCAUUCUGGCCCAUUGCAUGGGUCUGGGCAAAACCCUCCAGGUGGUGACGUUUCUCCACACUUUGCUGCUGUGUGAGAAGCUGAACUUCUGCACGGCUUUAGUGGUUUGUCCGCUGAACACUGUACUUAACUGGCUUAAUGAGUUUGAAAAGUGGCAGGAGGGCCUGAAGGACGAGGAGAGUUUAGAGGUGACAGAGCUGGCCACAGUAAAGAGACCUCAAGAGAGAGCAUACGCUUUGCAGCGCUGGCAUGAAGAUGGUGGCGUCAUGAUCAUAGGCUAUGAGAUGUACCGAAACCUCACGCAAGGCCGAAACAUCAAGAGCAAGAAGCUGAAAGAGACCUUUCAGAAAACUUUAGUUGAUCCAGGUCCAGAUUUUGUGAUUUGUGAUGAGGGUCACAUAUUGAAGAACGAAGCGUCUGCUGUUUCCAAAGCCAUGAACUCAAUCCGGACGCGACGGCGAGUGGUGCUGACAGGAACUCCACUGCAGAACAACCUCAUAGAGUAUCACUGUAUGGUGAACUUCAUCAAGGAGAAUCUUCUGGGUUCAGUGAAGGAGUUCAGAAACCGCUUCAUCAACCCCAUUCAGAACGGCCAGUGUGCUGACUCGACGUUCACUGAUGUCCGUGUCAUGAAGAAACGUGCACACAUCCUCUACGAGAUGCUGGCAGGAUGUGUCCAAAGAAGAGAUUACACUGCACUCACAAAAUUCCUGCCUCCCAAACAUGAGUAUGUGUUAGCAGUACGGUUAACACCCAUUCAGUGCAAGCUUUAUCGAUACUAUCUAGAGCACUUUACAGGUGUGGGUUCUGCCUUGGAAGGUGGAAGAGGCCGUGCAGGGACAAAACUCUUCCAGGAUUUCCAGAUGCUUAGCAGAAUCUGGACCCAUCCGUGGUGCCUCCAGCUGGACUAUAUCAGUAAAGAAAACAAGGGAUACUUUGAUGAGGACAGUAUGGAGGAGUUCAUUGCCUCAGAAACAGAUGAGUCCUCUAUGAGUUUGACCUCUGAAGAUGAAAAGCCCAAAAGGAAGAAGAAAAGAGGCAAAGGAAAAGACCAGAGUUCAGACAAGUCUGACAGUGAAGACCUGGAGGUGAUCAAAGAGUGGAACACCAGCUCUCGAGGAGGAAACCCUGAGGGAAGGAACCGAGCAGAACCUGUGGAGGAGGUUCGAGCCACGUCAAGCUCUGGUCCUGGCAGUCCGUCACCAGACUGGUAUAAAGAGUUUGUGACUGAGGCGGAUUCUGAGGUGCUGGAGCAUUCUGGAAAAAUUUUGCUUUUGUUUGAAAUUCUUCGCAUGGCUGAGGACGUGGAAGAAAAAGUGUUAGUGUUCAGUCAGUCUCUCAUUUCUCUGGACCUCAUUGAAGAUUUUCUGGAGUUGGCAGGCCGAGCCAAAGAGGAAGGAAAACCUUCGCCGUACAAAGGUGAUGGCAAGUGGUUCAGAAAUAUUGACUACUACCGUCUGGAUGGUUCCACCAAUGCCAUAACCAGGAAGAAAUGGGCUGAAGAGUUCAAUGACACCAGUAAUGUUCGGGGUCGAUUGUUCCUCAUUUCAACCAGAGCUGGUUCUCUCGGGAUCAACUUGGUGGCUGCAAACAGAGUCAUAAUUUUCGAUGCCUCUUGGAACCCAUCUUAUGACAUUCAAAGUAUUUUCAGGGUCUAUCGCUUCGGUCAAGUAAAGACUGUGUUUGUCUACAGGUUUUUGGCUCAGGGAACCAUGGAGGAGAAGAUCUAUGACCGACAGAUUGCCAAACAGUCACUGUCUUUCCGAGUCGUAGAUCAGCAGCAAAUUGAACGUCACUUUACAAUGAACGAACUCACAGAGCUCUACACGUUUGAGCCUGACCAGCUAGAUGAUCCCUCUGAGAAGAAGAGCAAGAGGGCCACUCCCAUGCUGCCCAAGGAUCCUGUCUUGGCUGAAUUGCUGCAUAGUUUCAAAGAUCAAAUCGUCGGCUACCACGAGCAUGACUCCUUGCUGGACCACAAGGAGGAAGAGGCACUGAGUGAGGAAGAUCGCAAAGCAGCCUGGGCUGAAUACGAGGCAGAGAAGAAGGGUCUGACCAUGCGUUUCAACCAGCCGUCCUAUUCUCAAAUGGCCAUGGGAACGGCACCGAGCAACUACUUCCCCUUCAACGUGGCUGCCUUGGCCUCAAUGUCCAACCAACAGCUGGAGGAUUUGAUUAAUCAGGGCAGGCAGAAGGUGUUGGAGGCCACCAACGCUCUGAAGUCAGUGCCCAGGGAGUCUCUGGAGGACAUCCUCGGGCAGGUGUGGAAGGAGAACCCGAGUCUACAAGAGUCCCAGGCUCAUUCCAUGGCUCUUGGGAGGCAGGCCGGCCAAGAGAUGGAAAUCAGUCGCAGGGAGGCCAUUUACCGGGAUGUCCUCAGCAAGCAACAAACGCUGAUGAUGUAUGUGCAAAAGGUGAUCGCCAACCGUAAGGUCCAGGAGCAGCAGAUGGCCAUGGCAAGACAGGGACUACUGUUGAACCAGCUGGCCAUGCAGAACAGCCUCGGAGGUCCCAUGAAUCAAAUGGAUCUGCUCGGGUUGUACCAGCAGCUUGGGGCGCUCCAAGGCCUUCCCUCUUCUCAGAUGGGCAAGAACCCCGGCCCAUCUAAGGGCCUUUAGAUGCCUCUGCUCGACCCUACCGCCCCUCUGUGUUCCCAAGGCUGGACUGAGACGGCCAGAACACCUGCAAGAGGGGAUCCUGGGACUUUGUGAAAAGGGGUUUUUAGCAGUGCAGUUUAUGUAUAUAGCCUUAAUGUUAUUCAAGUUUAAUUCUUCUUUUUUCUGAUGUAUUUUAUUUAAGAUUAAAGACGACAAAUCCCCAAAUGCUUUUAGGCAUUGCAGGUUUUUUUUCCCCUUAAAUAAGGGCUGUGCAUAUAUAAAUAAUUAUAUUGCAAGGAAAACAGCGUGAUUGAAGAGGGACCAUAGUGUUACUCCAUAGAGAUUUUGCCCCAGUAAAAACACAUUCUGUGUUAAUAGUAGUGGAUUGUCAUCGGUGUUGUGAUAGCCAGUGCUCCAGAGACACUGCGACAGACACCUUAAAAGCGUAAAGUCAAGUUAAAUGGCCUUAUAUCAUGCAGCUAGAUCUCCUCUGACGUUUUAAAACCCCUUUUCUAUUCUUCUUUUAGGUAUUUAAACUCGUUGUUGCUAUUCAUGCUAUGGAAUGUCUGUGUUGUUUAAACUGCUUGCUGAAUUCCUCUGGACUUUUGUAACAUCAAAUUUCUCGUUGUAGUGUUGCCUAGCAUAUUGUUGUGAGUACGGUUUUUUUUUCUUUUUUCUUUGGUUCGUUUCCCCAUUCACGUUGGGUUCACGCCUGAGCCGGUGUCUGGCAACAGGAGUUUGGUACAUGUUUGUGCGGUUUAACUGGGGUUCAACCUGUUCUAAUCUGAUAGGUUGUAUUCUUUUUUUUUUCUUUUUUUGUUUUGGGCACAUCUCCGCUUCGAAUGCUAAACUUGAUGUUUUUCAUUGGCAGCCAUAAACCCUUUGAUAUACACAGGAGGUAAUUCGGAAAUGUAUAGGAACUUUUUUCCCUUCUGAAAAUGUUCUUAUGUUAUUAUAUAAACUUCUGCCAUUAAUAAAUUCUGCUACUUAGUAUUUAAUAUCACAUUUAAAUAAAGUGACCAAAAGAUCAGCUACAUGCAGUACUUGUUUGGUGGUGCUUUCUCAAAGUAUCAAAGUAUCUUCUUGGUUACUUUGGCUUUGUUUUUUGUAUUUCGGGGGGGACUACUUUUUGGCAUUGUGUUAGAAUAUUUGGAUCUUUUCUUGUUCAUGUUAAUAUGUGCCACACCCAACCCAUGAUGCAGCAGUGCAGUGUACACUCUGAGGUCUCUGAAUGAACCAUAACUAUUAAUUUCUCCCACCCUGACUUGAUUCAAAUACUGAUACUAGUAAGUUUUUAAGUCAGUUAUAAAUCAUUAUGUAUACUUAUUGAUGUUAAUUAAUGUUUCAGGUCCCAUGUUGCAUAAUUCAUUACUGCAUGUUAUUCCUAAUGUUUGUCUUGGUAACCUCUAAAAUGACAGUCACCUUGGCCCUGUUAAGAUGCGCUGGUGAUCCGAUCUCAAGUAGAAAGGCGAGAGUCAUAACCUUUUAAACCUGGUCGUAAUAUGUUACUUUUGACCACUUGUGAUAUGAGGGGAGGGUGUGUGAUUUAUGAUUUUGGAAGCUCUCGAUAGAACGUUUAAGCAUUUACAUGUUUUUUUAUUUUUUUACCACCUCCGAAUGUGGUUGAAGUGGACAAAUCUCAAAACAUUUUAGGCCCAGUUUACAGCUGUCCAGCCUCAAGUCUCAUUUCAGUCAGCUCACUGACAUUUUUUUAAUAGUUUAAAAUGUAAAAAGGCCCCUAGGCUAAAAUUUUAAACUGAAGUGUAAUUUCUGUGCCCCAAAACAGAAUUUAAUAAAUAAAAUUUUGUUUACAAACGGCUUCCUUGGGGUCCUGGGUAGCUCAACGGGUAUUGAUGCUGACUACCACCCCUGGAGUCGUGAGUUUGAAUCCAAUCUAAGCAACCAAAUUGGCCCGGAUGCUAGGGUGGGUAGAGUCACGUUGGAUUAACCUCCUCGUGGUCGCUAUAAUGUGGUUCUUGCUCUCAGUGGGGCACGUGGUGAGUUGUGCGUGGAAGCCGAAUAGAAUAGCGUGAAGCCUCCGCAUGCGCCAAGUCUCCGCAGGUUAUGUGCUCAACAAGCCCUAUGGUAAGAUGCAUAGACUGACUCUCUCAGACGUGGAGGCAACUGAGAUUCGUCUUCCACCACCUGGAGUCACUAUGCCACCAUGAGGAUUUCGAGCGCAUUGGGAAUUGGGCAUUCCAAAUUGGGGAGAAAAAAAACAGCUUCCUGGGGCCGGUUGCAUAAAACUGUUUUAGACUAGUCUUACUAGUUAGUCUUCGAAAGACCAAAAUGUAAGACAGCACACCUCAGGCUAACUUUUGUUUACAUUGCAUUUUGCCAUUGAAAAUAACUGUCAGCUGAGCUAGUGGGGGCUGAAAGGGGUUCGAGUUGAGACUUGGUUGAAGACUUUGACUUCAAAAAUGGUAACAAAAUGUUGUGUUUUUAAUUAUUUGGGUUAAAUCACUAAAUGUGUUCAUUAAAAUAAAUUUUGAAGCACUGUAGUCCUCUAAGCAAAUAUUCUCAGUGAAUAAAACAUUUAUUGAGUGUCCACUGUCGGCCAUUUUUUUUUUUUUUAAGCUGUUCAGUGUCUUAUUUUUCCCACAAUGCAAUGCAAAUUAGACUGUCUUACUAAAGACAACUGUGAGCUUGUUUUAUGCAACAGGCUUUCUAUGGCGUCUUUAGCUAGUCAAACUAAUUGUUAGAUUCAGUCUUAAGUUAAUGGCUAUGUUUAUGCAACCGGCCCCUGAAUACACACCCGUCUGCUGUUGAUUGAACAUGGUUCCGCCCCAACUCACUCCAUUUGUUGAGUCAAUGUUAUUGUGUCCAUAUGGACGUGUCGCUCAAACAGAAAAGUUUUAUAGUGCCACAGAGACAGUGGUAACAAUUUUCAAGAAAGUUGACCUGCAAAUGUCUUACAGUUGUCUAUAUUAAGCUGGGUAAAGAGAGCAUUUUAGGACAGAAAAGGUUACACACUUCGGCUUCAACCAAUAGCAAAUAGCUACUUAAGCAUUAUUUUUAAGCAUUUUCAGACAUGUAGAUUGUUUUAUUUGUUCUGAAACGGGUUCAAAUUGUAACCAUGUUGCACUUUCUUGGUUUGGUUCACUUUCACAGGGCAAGAUUUCAAAAGAACCAACAUUUUGUUAAUAAAAGUCACAUGAGCAAACUGUCCACUCAUUGGUCAGAAUGUUUGUGUAGCUCAUUCAUCAUGAUACCUGUUAAAAUGAUACACCUGUAAAAUGUUGUCAACCUGUACAAAUGUUUAAGUAUUGUUUGUCACAGUUAUGCAAAACAUUGGCACAUAGUAUAGAAUGCACAUUCAAGUUAGAGGUUGUGUAGCAAAUAAAAUCUGUCACUCGG